AGAAAUACAACCACCCCAAGGUAUUGAAGCAUCUUCAUUUCCUAGAGCCACAAUAAUUAUACACACUCUUCCUUUUCCCUCUUUCGUCUUGUGGUGCACAAUAUUGCUUCGUUGCUGUCCGCUAACUUUCUUUCUUCUGUUCCCUCUCGGACCCGCAACUCUGCCUGGGGUGCGUCGCAAAACGCGAAGAUUCAGAAAUGCUCCGCAGCUCUUUUGUGAGGCGCGCCAACGCGCAAGUCGCGAAAGCGGUGGCAAAAGGGGCUAGUGGAUCUUCUCAACAUGUAGCCAAGAAAGAGCCGUCGAAACUGCGCUACUAUGCGAGUGCCACGUACGAGAUCCUUCGUCACCUCUACCACGGAUUCCGAUUGUUCUUCAUCAAUACUCGACUCGCGUGGAAGUACUCUCGUCAGCUGAAACGAGGGGUCGCUCUCACCAGACGUGAGAGGCUUCUGCUUGAGAGUUCCACGAAGGACUUAGUGCGUCUUGUGCCGUUUAGCUUCUUCAUUGUCGUGCCGUUUGCGGAGCUUCUUCUCCCGGUGGCGCUAAAGAUGUUUCCUGGUCUGAUUCCGUCCACAUUCGAAUCUGAGUCGCAGGGACGCAAUCGGCUCUUUAACGACGCCAUGGCAACCCUGCGCGCUCGGCAGCGCGUCAUGGACUAUUUGUCCGCCACGGCGUUGGCAACGUUUGACAAGGAUCAGCAAGAAGUAAUUCGGCGGAGCGUCCGUGGGGAGUCGAUCGCGCCGAAAGACAUCCGCUCCGUAGCGCAGUACUUUGACCGCGACGGCAGUUUUAGUGUUCUCAAAGUUCCCGACAACAUCGCCGUCGGCUUAGGUCGCUCCGUCGGCGUUUUCAAGUGGUAUCAUGGGCUGCUCCCCACGCGUUUCUCUGCGUCCAUCAUGCGACGCGCCAUCAUCCGCCGCUAUCACGAAGUCCGCGAGGACGACCGCCUUAUCCGCCUUGAGGGCAUUGACAUCAUGACACAUGACGAACUUACCAAGGCUAACCUGACCCGCGGUAUGCGCUGGAUGGAGGGCACGGAGACACUCCGAGUGCAACUGGAGUGGUGGAGCUCUCUCGCCCAGGACGGGAGCGUUCCGUACAACACCUUGUGGUGGAUCAAGCCGAGCCGGUACGGCAUCCGAAAAUCAAUGAACAACUUGCCGUUGGCUCAGCGCCGCCAACUGCUCGGUAUUCAGAACCUCCCAGAGGCCGUGCGCGCCAGUCUUGAGACGCUGUGCGACACAGUCGACACAAUGCCGUCCAUUAGCGAUGACGCCAAGAGCGCAGAUAAACUCGUCGAAAAGAUCGAGAGCAUUACAUCGUCAGCCGAAAAGAGCGACUCUGAAAUCGGCUUUGAGGGCGUCCAAGAAGUCGUUGGUGCGUUUUUGACGGAGGAGAAUGUGACGAAGAUGUUCGAAAAACUCAGCAAAAACAAGCUGCCCGAGGAGACCGUUGUUGUGUCUGAUGUAAUCGAAUACAUUGGUCACGAGACCCACAACUCUAGCCACGCUGUGUCAACGCUGUUCGACGCGUUCGAUUACGGAGCUGGUUCGAAGCCCAUUACGGAGAAGGCUCUUGUCGGUAUCGGUGCGCGUUGCCGCAAGGCUGCAAAGCCUUCGCCACCGCCACCGCCACCGAAGCCGGAGGUGGAGGAAAAGCGUGAUGGAGCUCCUAAAAAGGAGGAGUCUCCCACUGCCGCGUCGCAGUCGGCUUCGAAAUAA